AAAAUGACAGCAGGAAAUCAUUCCACAGUGACUGAGUUCAUCCUCACCGGGCUAACACAACAACCAGAACUCCAGCUGCCCCUUUUCUUCCUCUUCCUAGGAAUCUAUGUGGUCACGGUGGUGGGGAACCUGGGCAUGAUCACUCUGAUAGGGCUUAGCGUUCACUUGCAUACCCCCAUGUACUACUUCCUCAGUAGCUUGUCCUUCAUUGAUCUCUGCCAUUCCACUGUUGUUACUCCCCAAAUGCUGACAAACUUUGUGACAGAGAGGAAUUUUAUCUCCUACCAAGCAUGCAUGACUGAGCUCUAUUUCUUCCUUGUUUUUGUUAUAUCAGAAUGUCACAUGUGGGCUGCAAUGGCUUAUGACCGCUACGUUGCCAUAUGUAACCCAUUGCUUUACAAUGUCACCAUGUCUUAUCAGGUCUGUUCCUGGCUGGUAGUUGGGGUGUAUAUCAUGGGCUUGACUGGUGCCACAGCUCACACAGGCUGUAUGCUAAGAGUGCUUUUCUGCAAGGCUGAUAGAAGCAACCAUUACUUCUGUGAUCUCUUCCCACUAUUGGAGCUCUCCUGCUCCAGUACUUACAUUAAUGAGGUGGUAGUUUUGUGCUUCAGUGCAUUUAAUAUCCUUGUCCCCAGCCUGAUGAUCCUUAGCUCCUACAUCUUCAUCCUCUCCAGCAUCCUCUGAAUCCGCUCCACUGAAGGCAGGUCCAAAGGCUUCAGCACCUGCAGCUCCCACAUCUCAGCUGUUGCUCUCUUCUAUGGAUCUGCUACAUUCAUGUACCUGCAGCCAUCUUCUGUGAGCUCCGUGGACCAAGGGAAAUUGUCCUCUGUGUUUUAUACCAUCAUUGUGCCCAUGCUGAAUCCCCUGAUCUACAGCCUGCGGAAUAAGGAUGUCAAAGUUGCCCUAAAUAAGAUCCUUGAAAAAAGAAUAAAAGGGGUAUUUUGCCUGAGCAAAAAUUUAUAA